AGGAGUGGCGGCGGCAAAUGCCUAUAUGUCAGGGAGGCUGGUGCAGGAGCAUCAGGAAUUGAACGCUAGCCUGGGCAAUUAAAAAAAAAAAAAAAACAGGACGACCAUAAUACUUGAAGGGCAAGAAGAGGGAGGUUUGUUAGGUGGGUGAAGUGGGGCCUGAGAACCAGAGGUAUAGAUUCCUCAGAGGAAAAGUCGUUGGGACUUGAGGAUGUGCGCCUUUUGAGAAAGGGAAAGGAGGGAAAAAUGACAGGAUUCUUCCUGUGUCGACUGAAAUUGUGGGAGAUUCUCCGAUUUGGAGAACGAGGCCAAUUCAAGUUUGGGGCGGCCAUCAGCAGUAUAAUUAAGAAACGAAGGUCCGAAAGGCCUAAGUGGGGGACUUCUAAAAGGCAGUUGGCCGGCCUGGAACUGGGGAGAAUCUGGACUAGAGGUGGUGAUUUGUAGGCUAUUGUGGUUGAAGGCCUAAGACUUGAUUCCCACAAGACACACUUAAAGAGAAAUGAUCCAUGGUUGUAAUUCCAGCACUAGGAGGUUCCACCAGGCUGACUGAGAGUUUAUAAGACCAGCCUGAGCUAAAUCGUGAGAUGUCUCCAAACAAUGUGAACCCUCCAGAAGCCCCCAAGGAGUUGGUUAUCCCGUUGAUCCAGAAUGGCUCUCGCAGGCAACCUCUGUCCAAGAACCCUAAGCCAUCUUCAGAAACUAGCAGUGUGUUGAUGUCAGACGGUGUGUUGUCCCUGGCUGUGAAGGAACUCAUUGAGGAAUCCAAGAAGUCUCUGGAGGAGAGAGAGAAUGCAGGCGUUGACCCCACGCUCACUAUCCCCAUGAUCCAGAAAGGAUGUACUCCCAGUGAGGAAGGAUCAGACAGCGAACCUCAGGCUGAGACAGUGCCGGAGGAAGCCGACUAUGAGGCAGUCCCUGUGGAGGCCUAUGGGCUGGCCAUGUUGCGAGGCAUGGGGUGGAAACCUGGCAAGGGCAUCGGCAAUACCUUCAGUCAGGUAGUGAAGCCCCGAGUCAACUCUAUAAGGCCGAAAGGCUUAGGGCUAGGUGCCAACCGGAUGGAGGCUCAGGACUUGGCCUCCACAGGCUCUCACCACCCAUCAAGACCAGAUGGGGAUCGAGAGAAGGAUAAGGAAGGCCAACCUCAAGGGCUGGUGCAUGGAAGAGCUGUGGUUGUCCUUUCUGGCCCCUACCGGGGCCUCUAUGGCAAGGUAGAAGGCCUAGAUCCUGACAAUGUACGGGCCAUGGUUCGGUUGGCAGUGGGCAACCGCAUUGUGACUGUUAGUGAGUAUUGCCUGCGGCCUGUUUCCCAGCAGGAGUAUGAUAGCAACACCUCGAAGCCAGGCCAUGUGAGCAAAACUUCCACAGAGCAGCAGAACAGGGCAACUGGAACAGCCUCAUCAUUGAAGGCCGUACAGAAUCAGGAAGACUCAAAGAGGAGGCAGAAGGAUUCCGAGAAGAAGCGGAAACACUCUCCCGACCGACAGGAUGGACCUGUGCCCAAGACUGAGAAAGCAGCCCCUAGAAACAAGCACUGGUUGCACAGGGACCUACGUGUGCGGUUCAUUGACAAACUACACAAGAGUGGCCGCUAUUAUAACACCAAGAUGACAAUUGAAGAUGUCCUGAGCCCAGACACAUGUGUGUGUCGGACGGAUGAAGGCCGAGUUCUGGAAGAUGUAAGAGAAGACAUGCUGGAGACCCUGAUUCCCAAGGGAGAAGGCCACCGUGUGAUGGUGGUACUGGGACCACAUGCUGGAAAGGUGGGACUUCUUAUGAGUCGGGACAGAGCGCAGAGUCAUGCAUUGGUCCAACUUGGGAGAGAGAACCGGGUGGUGGAGCUCCACUAUAACGCCAUCUGCCAGUACGUGGGCCCCGGUGACUCAGAUGAAGACUGACACAUGGACCACUGCCCAUCACUCAGACUGUCACUACUUUUGUUGCAAUCUAUAACAGAUGCCAGGGAGAAGACAGAUAUUCUGUCCUCCUUUGAGAUGCAAGGAUGGGGAUGUGACUAGAUAGAGCAGGAUUGUUUACCAAAAUUUAGAGUGUAAUAAAAACCAUUUUAAAUAGUGGAAGGAUGAAAUCAAAACCAGUAUGUAGGACCUGGAGAGAUGGCUCAGCGGUUAAGAGCACCGACUGCUCUUCCAGAGGUCCUGAGUUCAAUUCCCAGCA